AUGCAGCUCCUAGACCUCCCAGACGAUGUGAUGGUCAUUGUCCUCUCCAAUCUUGAACCUGAAGACUAUCUGGCAUUUUGUCGUACUCAAAAACCUGCUUAUAUAAGAUAUAGACAGGACUCUGCCUACUGGAGAUCGAACACGUCAGAAACUUUCCGUCUGCCAAUCAGCCCGCUCCUCGCAGCUGAUGGAGCGCGCUGGUACUGGUUGUACAAGCGACUUAAGACCCAGACUCAGCUCUAUACGUGGGGCCAAGGAACCAAGGGCAACUUGGGCCCGGGAAGGUCGUCGCCUGCGACUCUGAAUCUUCCUCAUAAUCCCGGGCGACCUCCCCCUCCUGUUCUACCCAUUAUACCACCAGUGCCUCACCCUUCGAGGCCCACUCCUCAUGUCGCCCCCAGUAUAAACAAUCGCCCUUCCCUGGGUACCCGAGUUCCCGUGAGGCCUCUACCGCGCGAGUUCUACAUGCGAACGAGCUCAGCCUGGCCCACUGAGGUUCAUGUUCCCGAUGAAGUUGGCGUCAUUGCUGAUCUUCAAUGUGGUGGCUGGUCUACCACGAUCCUGAGUUCCUCGGGCAAGCUCUACACGGUAGGUUCCAUCGAUUCACUAGAUGGCAUAAACCGUGGGAGGGCUGCUCAAUCCUUCGAGCAACUCGAGUAUCUCACUCAAAGUACAUCUGCUGUGCGCCAGUUUUCAUCCGGACGACGUCACAUUCUUGCCCUGACCGACGAUGGAGAAAUUGUUUCAUGGGACAGGGUCAACGCUAAAGGCCUCAAAGUGUUCUCCAAGAAUGGACGAGAUUUCGGCGGUAAACCUGUUAGAGUUGCGGCAGGCUGGAAUGAAAGCUCGACCUAUGUCCCUCAGGUAGGGAUAGUUUUUUGGACCCCAAUCCAAAACGACCACUCGUCUGUAGAACUUGACGGGAUUCAUGUUAAACAUCACGUUAUUCAGAACACAGCGCGAAGACAGUCUGAGACUGGCGUGUUUGAAGUUCUGAAGCACAUUGUGCUGGCAGAAUUCAUCCUCUACAUCACAAGCGAUUCCAAAUUGUUUGCCUGCUCGAUGAAUAUCAAUGAGCCAGAUCAACUCCAGCCUCCUCACCCGCCUUUUCAAGUCCCAGGAUACAGUGGAGAAGGACGCGAGCUCAAGGAUAUUCAUGGCCAAUUUCAGCGGUUCGGGGUCUUUACAGCGACCGGAGAGGUUCUUGCAGGUGAUGUCGACUAUCUAAAGAAAUGCUUCAAUGCAGUCCGUCAACAUCCUAAUCGCCUUCAACAACCAGAUGAUUGGACAGCCUUGACAGAAAUUCUUGCUGCCCGACCACGAGAUAUCCCGGCUCUCCAACAUACCAAUGUCAUUGCACUUGCCUACGGGGAUUAUCAUUAUCACGCCCUACAUGCCGAUGGAAGAAUUACUUCCUAUGGGAGAGAUUCUCAAUCUUGUGGCUCUCUAGGCCUAUCUCAACCUGAAUCCGGCGGUCGGUUUCGUGGACUACGUCGCGAACGACCAGAUAGGAGGAGCGAUGCGGACCUGCUUCCCAUCUCCAACAUCCGAGGCCGCCAAAUCUGGUUUGAGCCUGAGCGAAAAGACUGGUUGCACUGGCUUGAGGAGCAACUCGGUGAACCGCACCUAAAUGUUGAUGGUCGAUCAGCACGGACCCUUUUUGAUAACGAUCAAAACAAGCAGGCUGCUUUCAGCGAGUGGGUUGAACAGGAAGGCCGACAUUGGGAUGAAGGUCCACCACGAACGACCUCCUCAACAGAAGAGCCCAAGGACAGUAAAGCAGACCGUGUAGGAGACUAUGCUAACCUCGGUGUCUACUUCCCCAUCGCCAUCGCUGCUGCCGGAUGGCACAGCGGCGCUCUAGUACUCAAAGACGAUGAUAGAGCGCACGAGAUUCGAAGCAAGUGGGUAACGGCAAGGCGCAGAGAUGACGACGAUAAAGUCGCGAUGCCCGGCGCCUUUGAAAAGGUUGCAGCGGGUGAAGAAUAUGUGUGGAAAAGGGGUGGGUUUCCGAAAAUACGUCUCCCGGAUGGCUUCGAGAUGCCCGGUGAUGGCGAGCCCAGAACAUGGAGAGAUGGUCUGCCGACCAUGCAAGACUUGGGGCUUGCCGAAUAA